UAUAAUACUAUACUACACACAACAACGUCAACGAACGAACGAGUCGGUCGUGUUGCUUGGAAAUACCUUGUUUAGUCUUUGACGUAUUCUAAAUUUCAUAUUGAAUUUGUUUUUUGUUGUUGUUAUCGUUGUUGUCUUUAUUUUCUUAUUACGUUUUCUUCUUAUUCAUAUUCUUGUCAAAUCUUAUCGAUAAUAUUUAGAAAUUUGUUAUCGAAUAUCAAUUUGUUCUGUGCUACAUAUAUAUAUAUAUAUAUAUAUAUAUAUAUAAGAUACGUGUAUUAAUGCAUCUUCAUUCAGUUUUCUUGUAUCUCUGUUUGGUAUAGUGUUGUUCUCAAUUUUCUACGAUAUUUCAAAUAGAUGUAUAUAUACAUGUUGUCUUGUUUUAAUUAUAUUUAAUUGUACAAAGAGAAAGAGAAUAUUCAAAAGACCGGUGUUACUUUUUACAGUGAUGUUUACAUUUACACGCAGUUUUAUAAAAACGAUGGAAUUAAUAAUAUUCUUAGGAUUAAUAAUCCUAACUAAAUCACAAAUGAUGUAUCCGGAUCAAUUCGAAUAUGUUAAAGCUUUAAAUUAUCCAAUUUAUCCUUAUGAUCAACAACAAAUAUAUCAAUCUUCUUAUAAUCCUGUUGCAUAUGCUCCACCUGUUGCAUAUGCUGCACCUGCUGCAGCAACACCUGCUGCAGCAACAGCAACAGGAACAUAUUCACAAACUGCAUAUUAUGCACCACAACAACAACAACAACCAGCACAAACUGCAUACUAUGCAUCACAACAACAACAACCAGCACAAUCUGCAUAUUAUGCACCACAACAACAACAACAACCAGCACAAACUGCAUAUUAUGCAUCACAACAACAACAACAACAACCAGCACAAACUGCAUAUUAUGCACCACAAGCUGCAUAUGCAUCACCAAUGGUAUAUUCUUUGGAAAGUGCAUAUCCUGCAGCACCUGUAUAUUCUAACCUUAAUCAACAACAAAAACGUGUUUCUCGAAAUGGUGAAACAUCAGGAAUAAAUGCAAAUACAAAUACUCAGCCAAUUUCACCACUUGCUCAAAGUUUACCACCGGAUUGGGCUUAUCAGGUUAACGAUAUUAUAUCAAAAGGUGUCACGAAGUUAGCAUUAAACAUUCAAAACGUUAUAUACGCUAACAAUCUUUUAUCAAGAACUACUGAGAAAGAUAACAUAGUAUUUUCGCCUCUUAAUAUAGCUGGUGCAUUAGCUAUAGUUCAUUUAGGAUCAGCUGGUGUAACAUUCGAUGAAACAUCAAGAAUCCUUGGACUUGCUACGGGUGUAGACAUUGCAACUCAUUCUGAACUGGUUCAUCAGAUAUUUGGUUUAUUAAUGUCCAUUAUUCAUCAAGGUGUUUCUGGAUCAACCAGAACCAUAAACAUUGCUAAUGGAAUAUUUUUACAGGAAGGUUAUCCAAUAAGACCAGAAUUCAAAACGAUCAGUGAAAACGUAUACAAAAGUGAAGUGGUCAAUCUUGAUUUUCUAUUGAAAGGAAAGGAAGCACAAGAUAGAAUAAAUGCAUGGGUUAAAGAUAAAACCAAUGGAAAGAUUGCAUCAAUUUUAAAUGAUGAACCAUCACCAAGUACAUCAGUUAUCAUAGCAUCUGCGUUAUAUUUCAAUGCAGAAUGGGACAGAUUUUUCAUAAAUGGUAUUACCAAGAAAAGAUCAUUUUUCAUAGAACCUAAUCAACAAAUCACAGUUGAUUUUAUGUACAAUGCUGGAGAUUUUCCUUUUUAUGAGGACAAAAAUAUUGGUGUUAAAAUUGUUGGCUUACCAUACAAGGGAUUGGAUACAACUAUGUACAUUAUAUUACCAACCAUAGAAGGUGCAAGUGCAUUGGGUGAAUUUGAAAAAACUUUGACACCAGAGAUCAUUGAAUAUUUGAUUCAAAAUAUGAGAAAUCAAACUUCCAUAAUAGGAAUACCUAAAAUGAAGAUUACAAGUUCUUAUAGAUUGAAAAAAGUAUUACAAAGUUUAGGUUUGGUAUCAUUGUUUGAACCAACACUUGCUGAUUUGAGUUUAUUGUCAUCUGGUAAAGCAAAUCAAAACGAAUUAAGUUCAAAUUCGGAAGUAUCAGCAAAUGCAGAUUUUAACAGACCAAUUAAACAAAUUGGUACCACCAGAUCAUCUGAUAACAGAGAUCAAUUGAUAUUUUCAAGAUUUGGUGGUACAUUGGACGAAGGACGUGAUAAUAGAAAAAAUCUAUUUCACUUUAUUGACACUAAUCGUAAUUACAAUGUUGAACAAUGGUCUACAGGAUUUAAUAUUAGAAGAUUGCAAAAGAAAAAACGUGAAAUUGAACGAAAACGUAUCAACGUAUCAACGAACAAUUUGAACAGAAUGAAAAGACAAACAAGUGUACCUGAAGAAUUUCUUCGUAUCAUUGAAAAUAGAAAUUUCCGAUUUUAUGGUUUGGACAAUCUUAGAAACAGCGGUGCAUUGAAUAAUCCUCAUUUAUAUGCUGAUGAUGUAUUACACAAAGUAGACAUUGAUAUUAACGAAAAGGGUACUGAAGCUGGUGCAGCAACUGCAGUUGUGUUGGAAAGGGAUGGUAGACAGAAAAGGUUAAUUGCUAACAGACCAUUUUUAUUUUUCAUCAGACACAAUCCUACGAAAUUAAUAUUGUUCUGGGGUACCAUUAACACACCUACACCGAAUUAUCCUAACUAGUAAACAUUUUUAUUGUUGUUAACCCUUUUGUGUUCGAAUAUCAUUCCAAACAAAAUUAAUUAAAGGGUUGUGCAUCGUACGACCCUUUUGUAUAGGUUUUUAAUAAUCAAAAGGGUUAACUUCAAUUUUUUAUUUAACAGUAUUUAACAAUUUUUUUUAUUUUUUUUUAC